AUGUCGUUCAUUACGGUAGAUCGUCUUUUGGUUCUUUUAGACAAUCCAAUUUUACGUAAAAAAUUGUUGGAAAAGAAAAGGGUUGGAGUUCAUCCCAUUGAUCGUCGCAGGAAAAUAUACGGAGAGUUCCAUCAUUUAUUUUUUGACUUAAAAAAAUCUCCAACGAGAUUUUUUGAAUAUCUUCGUAUGUCAAUUGAGACUUACGAUUUUAUUUUAACUAAAAUUUGUCAUCGUAUUAGGAAAAAAACUACGAAUUUCAAAAAACCAAUAUCGCCGGCAGAAAGACUUUACGUUACUAUAAGGUAA